AGUAGGCCUUAGAAGAAGGCUCCCUGGGCCUUGUUCCUCCAGCUGAUCAUUGUAAACAUGGCUGUUUCAGCGCUGUUCCCGGCAGCUUCUCGCUCACUCGCUGGCUUUCUUCAGGCCUAUCGCAGAAAUGGAAAGAAAAGCCUAUACUUAUCCAGCACAAGACUCUGCUCCAUGUACACUACAGACCCCAUUGAUCCAAAUGAAGUCACAUUUGACAAAAUUCUGAUAGCUAAUCGAGGAGAGAUUGCUUGCCGAGUAAUUAAGACUUCCAAGAAAAUGGGAAUCAAAACCGUGUCUAUUCAUUCCGAUGUUGACUCUAAUGCUCCACACGUGAAGCUGGCAGAUGAAGCAGUGUGUGUGGGCACAGCUCAGGCUCGAGACUCUUAUCUACGCAUGGAUCGUAUCCUGGAAGCAGUCAAGCUUACUGGAGCUCAGGCAGUCCAUCCAGGAUAUGGCUUUCUUAGUGAAAAUGCAGAGUUUGUUCAAAAGUUAGAGGAUUUAGGCGUUCUCUUCAUCGGUCCAAAUGCCAAUGCUAUCACAGGGAUGGGUGACAAACUAGAAUCAAAGAGACUUGCAAUGGAAGCAGGUGUCAAUACUAUUCCAGGAUAUGAUGGGAUAGUUAAGGAUGCCGAAGAUUGUGUUAGAAUUAGCCGGGACGUUGGAUAUCCGGUUAUGAUUAAGGCCUCGGCUGGAGGGGGAGGCAAAGGGAUGAGAAUCGCCUGGAAUGAUGAAGAGGCUAGAGAAGGCUUCAAACUCUCAACACAGGAGGCUGCGUCAAGCUUUGGAGAUGAUAGAAUUCUUGUUGAAAAAUUUGUAGACAACCCCAGACAUAUUGAAAUUCAAGUUUUAGGUGACAAGCACGGAAAUGCCAUUUACUUAAAUGAACGAGAGUGCUCAAUUCAGCGGCGCAACCAAAAGGUGAUUGAAGAGGCACCAAGCGUGUUCUUGGAUGAAGGUACGCGGAAAGCCAUGGGUGAGCAAGCAGUAGCUCUUGCCAAACAAAUUGGAUAUUCUUCAGCUGGCACUGUAGAGUUCCUUGUAGACUCUAAGAAGAACUUUUAUUUCUUAGAAAUGAACACUCGACUUCAGGUGGAACACCCCAUUACUGAAUGCAUAACUGGUGUGGAUCUUGUUCAUCAGAUGAUACGAAUAGCUAAAGGACAUCCUCUGCGAAUCUCACAAAAAGAUAUCCUGAUACGUGGCUGGGCUAUCGAGAGUCGAGUGUAUGCUGAGGAUCCUUUUAAAAGCUUCGGCUUGCCUUCUAUUGGUCGUCUCUCAAAAUACCAAGAGCCUCUUCAUUUGCCAAAAGUGCGAUGUGAUAGUGGCGUUGAAGAAGGAAGUGAAAUUAGUAUAUACUAUGAUCCUAUGAUUUGCAAACUGGUAUGUUAUGGGAAUAAUAGAGAAGAAGCAAUUGAAAACAGCAUAAAUGCUUUAGAUGCUUAUGUUAUUAGAGGUGUAACACAUAACAUCCCUCUUCUGCGAGAUAUAUUGACAGAAGAUCAUUUUAUAUCAGGAGAUAUUUCAACGAACUAUUUGCCCCAAGUCUAUCCUGAAGGUUUUAAGGGAAGGCAGCUAACUCCGAGGGAGCAGAUUGAUCUGACUGCACUGCUGGCAUCAAUACAUCUGAAGAACAUGCUAAGAUCCUGCAACUUUGUUAAUGAAACAAAGAUUAGAAGCAGCAGUAAGAUACCAGCUACGUGGAACCUUGUAAUUAAGUUUGGCAAUCAAGAAGUACCGUGCUUGGUUAAAGUCGUUGAUGGGAAUUUCAAGGUAGCUGUGAACGGAGUGACUGUAACAGUAAAUGGCAGAUUUAAUUUGGCAUCUCCACUUAUUGAAGCAAAUAUUGAUGGAACUCAGGAAACUGUGCAGCUCAUUAAACUGGGAUCAGCAGGGGAAAUCAGGAUUAGGUACAGAGGAACAGCAUUCCAGAGCCAGGUUCUGUCUAAGGAUGUACACCAGUACAUGUCUCUCAUACCUGAGAAACCUAAGAUUGACCAGAGCAAACAAGUUCUGUCACCAAUGCCAGGACUGGUAAAAUCAAUUGCUUGUGCUCCAGGAAAUAUGGUGGCUGAAGGUCAGGAAGUUUGUGUCAUUGAGGCUAUGAAGAUGCAGAAUUCUCUUACCAUAGCAGCAAGUGGAAAGGUGAAAGCAGUCUAUGUGAAGGAGGGAGAAACAGUGGAAGAAGAACAGGUCUUAGUAGAGCUUGAGUGAACAGAUAUAUUAGAUGCAGAUAUAUAUUUUGUGAACAAUUAUAGUAAUGAGUUAUUAGGAGACAUUGCCAGAAACACUUUAAGAUGGAAAAUGCAAGUGUGACUUUUGAAAGGGGGUUUUUAAACCGUGUAGCUUGAAGGAAAUCAUUUUAUUCUGUGGAAAGCCCUGCUGGCUCCCUGAAGCUAUCCUAUUUGGGGUCAUCAGUCACAGAUUUCUUGUUGCCUACCAGGGACCAGCGCCAGAACCUGGCCUCCACAGAGAGACGCAGGAAGCAACCACAACCUCGCCUUUGGUUGUUCAAGCCCUUGGGGUCAAGCGGGGGUCUUUGGCUUUCUGCUUUGCCUCGGGUAGGGCAGGGGUUUAUCGGCUGGUGGGGCUCACUGCAGCUGGCGCAGUCUGAUCAACCACUGCGCUGUGCAGCUUUAAAAUAUGACAAACCCUUGGUGGGCCAAAAAUAAAUUCCUUGCUAAAUUUUUUUUCAUUCCAAAAUUGUUAAAUACCCUCCCCUGGCCACAUAUACAGUAUGUUGAAAAUAUUGUACAAAUGUACUUACUUUGGCAACAAUGGUGUCCAGGGCCCAGAUUCAUGAAGCAGUUAUGCAAGCACUUACGAACCUGUACAUCUUUUCUCAAUCUUUGGCGUUAUUUUUUUUACAAUUAAAACAGUUAAUAAGCUCCGAAGCACCAGGAGGCUGUUUAUAACA